GCUUGACCGGCCAUAGGAGAAGACUAGCUCGACUGAAAGACAUGGCUUUAUUGCAUACAGUUAAAGGCUUUGAUUCUGUCGAUGAUCCAGUUUAUACCUCUUUCCUAAUGAAAAGCAUCGCACUGAGAAGUGAGACCACUUAUUGACCAUCAUGGUGGCACCACCAUCACCAGACACCAACAACCCAGUUUACUUCUGGAAACCAGUAGGAGAGUAUGGAUUCCUAGGACAGUGGUGGCCAUCAUCAUUUGAAUGGGAGAAUGAGGAUGGCAAAUACACCUACGCAAAUGCAGAACAAUACAUGAUGCAUCGUAAAGCGCUCCUCUUCGCUGGACCAAGCCACCCCAUCACGCAAAAGAUCCAGAAAGGCUGGAGACUGAAACCGGGGGCGAUUCGCAAUCUAGGCCGAAAGAUCCCUCACUUCUCGGAGGAAGUGUGGGAGGAGCAGAGAUUCGCAAUCGUGCUGGAAGGCAACUAUCUCAAAUUCUCGCAGAACGAGGGCCUCAAGGCGAAAUUACUUGCAACGGGGGAUCAAGAGCUGGUCGAGGCAAGUCCGCGGGAUCGCGUCUGGGGGGUUGGAUUCGGAGCAGCGUAUGCAGGUGCCAACCGAAGCGAAUGGGGCUUGAAUUUACUGGGCAAGGCACUCAUGGAAGCAAGAGGGAGGUUGGCGAGGGAGAAUCUCUGCAAGGCUGAAGUUAUGUGACUGAGCCGGGCGAGAAAGAAUAUUCCAUUUUGUUUAAGCAGAUGAAAAAAAUAUGUACAGAAAAAAAG